AUGGAGAAUGAGUACAUGACCAUUCGUCUUGUUCAAGAGAAAUCCAAGGUUCCCGCGCCUACAAUCUAUGUGUAUGAGGACUACCCCGAGAACAGUGUCGGAGUGCCAUUCAUGUUCAUGGAGUGUUUCAACGGCAAUGCGGGAAUCAAAAUGUGUCAGGAUAUUCCUCCUGAACAUAAGUUGUCAAUCUAUACUGCGCUGGCAGAAGCCCAGGUUGAGAUCUACAACAUUGAGCUGCCACAAUUCGGAUCGAUUGUCGGAAAGAAUGAGGAUGGCACCUAUCAGAUUGGGCCAGCACCAGGUGUUGGGGGUCCAUUUGACACUACUGCCGAGUACUACAAAGCCUGUUCUAUUCAUGAGAAGUUUGGUUCAACCCGAGAUCAACUUCGAGCCGCCUCACUCAAUCUUGCCGAUGAGAUAGAAGCUUCUGUGGAUGCGUUCAAGCCACUGCUGGGAGAGAAAGCCGAGUAUAUCUCAGUCAAUAAUACGGGUCCGUUCCGCAUGUGCCAUGGUCGUUUCGGCCAUGCCAAGACCGUGUUUGACGAUAAAUUCCAUUUGCUUGGUGUUCUUGAUUGGAAGGCAGCAUUUGCAGCCCCAUGUGAGCUUGCAGCCCUCUUUGCUCUGUGUCUCACAGUUGUUCCUCCAGCUAUGGAUGUCCCGUGGAACUAUGAUGAGAGUGGUUGCCCGGUGGAUGCGGUACUCAAGGAACGAUUUGCUGAUCGAGAGCAUUAUAUCGCCAUUGUGAAACAAAUCGAAGAGGAAAAAGGCUUUACCUCGGGACACCGGCUCUCAACCGCGCUUGAGGAUACUCAGCGCCAGCAUAUAGCUAAUGCGAUGCGUCUGUAUGAGGAAGGCAAGGCUGGAUUUUACUCCAAGGUGCUGGAAGGAUUUGCCGAAGACAACUAA